GUUUUGUAUUAAUAUAUUACCAAAAAUAAAUUCCGAUAUUAAAUCACUUAGUCUUGAAUCAAGAUCUAUGAAACGUAUUAUUCGUGUUGCUGAUUAUCCUAAUCUAACUGAAUUUAAACUUUAUAAUGUUAACAAUUAUAUUAUUUCAGAAUAUUUAACAAAUUUUAGUCAUGUUACAGACUUGAUGGUACAUAGUAUAAUGCCAUUCGAACAUGAAUUUUUUCUUCGAAUCGCACACUUUUUUCCUUUCCUUAAAAUAUUAUGUGUUAUUAAUUUUGAAUCACAAUUAAUGAUGAACAACUAUUGGAAUAUUGACAAUAAUCCAUUGUAUUCAAUUGUUGAAUAUUCAAAUCUAAUUUCACUUGAUCUACAAUCGAGUUAUAUUAAUUAUAUCGAUCAGUUUCUCGAUCAUAAAAAAACACAUCUACCACGUCUAACCAAAUUAGCAGUCAAUUAUGAUGGAUUACAAAGGGUAACAGCCAACUUUACAAGACAAUCGACACUACGCAAUUGUGCUCAAGUGAAAGAAUUACUUUUUGAAAGAGUAUUAGUACAUACAAAACAUUUCUAUAAUUAUUUUCCUCUCUUGUAA